UAACCUUCCUUCAUCCCUUCCUUAUUUAUUCCCCAGCAAUUUCGUGACUCUCUGCCUCGACACCCUUUUGAGUUUUGAGUCCUUAACUUCGUCUUUCUUUCUCUUCCCUUAUCUCGGAAGAAGAAGAAGACUGAGUGAGUAGACAACACAGCACAACCACAACAUCUUAACCCCAAAAUCAAACAACAUGACCCCGAAUUCCCCAGCAGAGAUGCCCGUCGCCAACUCCAAGGCUUCCCCAGAGACCCCAGACAGUCCAACACUCAUCAUUGGUGCUGCCGGUUUCAUUGGUGGCUUCGUCGCCGACGCUAGCCUCGCCACCGGUAGAACCACCUAUAUUCUUGUCCGCCCCGGUCCAGUCACUCCUUCCAAGGCCAAGCUCAUCGGAGCGUUCCGAGACAAAGGAGCCAUCAUCCUACACGGUAAGAUGGAUGACCGUGAAUUAAUGGAGAAGAUAUUAAAAGAGCACAAAAUCGAGGUGGUGAUAUCAGCCGUUGGAGGGGAUAGCAUCUUAGGCCAGCUCAACCUUGUCGACGCCAUUAGCUCCGUCGGAACUGUUAAGAGAUUUCUGCCAUCUGAAUUCGGGCAUGACAUAGAUAGAGCUGAUCCCGUGGAACCUGGGCUCACCAUGUACAACAACAAGCGCAAGAUUAGGCGGAUGGUGGAAGAGUCCGGUAUACCCUACACCUACAUCUGCUGCAACUCUAUCGCCGCUUGGCCCUACCACGACAACACUCAUCCUUCCGAGGUUCUUCCCCCACUGGACGAAUUCCACAUCUACGGUGAUGGCAGCGUUAAAGCCUAUUUUGUCGACGGCACCGACAUCGGAAAACUCACCAUGAAAGCCAUUGACGACGCCCGUACCCUCAACAAAUUGGUUCAUUUCCGACCAGCCUGCAAUUGCCUAAACAUGAACGAGCUUGCUUCUUUGUGGGAGAAAAUCAUUGGAAGGACCCUCCCCAGAGUUACGGUCACAGAGAACGACUUACUUACAGCUGCCCAAGAAAUGGUGAUCCCACGCAGUAUUGUGGCAUCUCUCACCCAUGACAUUUUCAUCAAGGGAUGUCAGAUUAAUUUCGCCAUUGAUGGGCCAAACGAAAUUGAAGUGACCUCUCUCUAUCCAGACGCUCCGUUCAAGACCAUAGAAGAGAGCUUCAGUAAAUAUGUGGAAGGGAAAGUACUAGACCAGCCAGUAGUAGCCGAGGAGGGAGUGAAACCCAUGGUGGAUUCGUUACCUGUGGAGGAUGGACUCAGCAAAAACCCUAUUGUUGAAUCGUUGCCUGUUGCUGCAACAUGUGCUUGAUCCAUUGCCAACUCUGUUUACCAAUUUAUGGCAUCGAUGGAUUCGUGGCGUUUUCAUCAAGUGGAAACAUGACAACAUCCUCUCCUCAUUCCCCCAUUUUAAGCAAUUAUUUCUUAAUUAAAUUAUUCAAUGGUCUGUACUUUCCUCUUUUGUUUUGGGUGUCAUUAGAUCUAAGUGUUUUGGAAAUGUUUGAAUUGUA